GUUUAUUGACUGAGCUAUGUGUCACGCGAUAGUACUGUGACUGUUUUUUGUUGACUUCCAGUUCUCCUUAGAUAAAGUGUCGAUUUAAGACGAGACAAAGUAAACAUUUGAGCGGUACACAUUAACUACGUUAAUGGAGACAACGAGGACCCCAGGGACGUGUUUCAGUAGUUAAAGGUUUGAACUCUUGCUAAUCUAAUAGGAACCUAAGCCAUUAAAUUUGGUUGAGAAUGGCUAACAACAGGGAUGCCAGUGAAAGCACCCCUCUUUUGGACUCUACUGCCAACAGACCUUCACCACCAUCAGUUUUCCAGGGAAGACGUCUAGCAUGUGCAGCCAUCCUGCUGGCAGAGUCCUUAGAAAGGAUUGCCUUCUAUGGCAUCACAUCCAAUCUGGUUCUUUUUCUCAAUAGCAAUCCUUUUUAUUGGGAGGGCACUCAGGCGAGUCAGGCACCUCUGGUGUUCAUGGGAGUAACUUACCUGAUUUCACCUUUUGGAGGCUGGUUGGCGGACGCAUACCUUGGGAAAUUCUGGACCAUUGCUUCAAGUUUGAUCCUAUAUUUUGCUGGGUUGCUGUUUUUCCCUUUCAUUUCAAAUGAAGACACCAGGAUACACCUGUGUGGAGAAGAGGUGGCAUUUCCUGUGCAGCCUGCUGAGUGUCUGAGCACAAACAGUACCCCUCCAAGCAAUGUAACCUGCCCCAUUCGUGCCCCGUAUUGUGGCCCAGUGGUCUACACUGGACUUUUUUUAAUUGCAUUAGGUGUGGGUACUGUGAAGUCCAACAUCACUCCAUUUGGGGCAGAUCAGGUCAAAGACAGAGGACCGGAGGCCACACGCAGAUUUUUCAACUGGUUCUACUGGUGCAUUAACUUGGGAGCCAUCUUGUCUUUGGGAGGUGUGGCCUACAUACAGCAAAAUUUCAGCUUUGAGCUGGGCUACAUCAUCCCAGCGGUGUGCCUCGGGGUCUCUUUCCUGGUCUUUCUCCUGGGCCGAACUGUCUUCAUCACCAAGCCUGCUGAUGGCAGCGCUUUCACAGAUAUGGCCAAGAUCCUGAGCUUCGCCUGCUGGUCCAAGAAACCUAAAGAACCUAACUUGCUCCGCAACAAACCGACACUACUAGACAGUGCCAAAGUGACCUAUGGAGGAAAAUUUCCAGAGGAGAAAGUAGAGGAAGUGAAAGCCCUGAUGAAAAUCCUCCCAGUUUUCUUUGCCCUCAUCCCAUAUUGGACCGUGUACUUCCAGAUGCAGACAACGUACGUCCUGCAGGGCCUCCAUCUGAGGAUUCCUGAUACCGCCUCAAACAGCACUGUUGAAUCCCACCAGAUGACGUUCCGCUUCCCAGCCGCCUGGCUCACCAUGUUUGACGCAGUGCUCAUCCUUAUGCUGAUUCCCCUUAAGGACAAAGUAGUGGACCCCAUCUUGAAACGUCGCGGCCUGCUGCCCUCCUCUCUGAAGAGGAUUGCAGUGGGGAUGUUCUUUGUGAUAUGGUCGGCCGUGGCAGCGGGUAUUUUGGAGACCAAACGCCUGGAGAUCAUCAAAUCAAAUGGUACCAUUGACCAGGUGCUUGGCAACGUUAUCUACUAUGCAGCAGAUUUACCCAUAUGGUGGCAAGUGCCUCAGUAUGUGCUGAUAGGAAUCAGCGAAAUCUUUGCCAGCAUUGCAGGUCUGGAGUUUGCCUAUUCUGCAGCCCCCAAGUCCAUGCAGAGCGCCAUCAUGGGGCUCUUCUUCUUUUUCUCUGGGAUUGGUUCGUUUGUGGGCUACGGGUUGUUGGCUAUUGUCUCCCUGAGGGCCAUCGGCUGGAUGUCAUCCCACAGAGACUUUGGUAAUAUCAAUGACUGCUCUCUGCACUACUACUUCUUCCUCCUGGCGGGGAUCCAGGGCAUAACCUUGCUGGUCUUCCUUAUUGUCUCUGUCAAGUAUGACAAGCAGAGGGGCAAAGCAGGAAGCCAAAGGCAGAGACACACCUCCUCUUGACCCCCAACACAUGUCCCGGUAUCCCCCUCACCAUACCUGCCUUUUCCUGUCAUAUCACUCAGUGCCCGAAGACCCUGUCCAAUGGGUACUUACUAAUCACAUCCUACAAGUUUGGGUUACCUCACAUGUGAUUCUGUCAUGACUAUAUAUUUCUUAUUUAUGUUGGUUUUAGCUUUUAUGUGGGAAUCCUUUUUUCUUUUUUUUAUAACAACAAUGGUUUUACAUCACUGGGUGAAUGCACAGGUACCACUGAAAGUAUAGAGAUUAAUACAGGAGCCGUAUUUGAAGCGUUUCCAUUGUACUCCCUUACCCCUGUGUUUACUCCUGUUGCCUUUCUUUGAUCAUUUGCACUUGACUUGAGGAGUGGUGCCAUAAAAUAGAAUAUCUUGGUAUUUUUUUAAAUCCUGAAGAAUGCUCUUUUCUUUUUCUUUUUUUACUCUCUCUCACUCUAACAAAAUCUAACUUUUGAACUAACUCUUUUACUCACCAUUUUACCAGCCCUGGUAUAAUACAUCAGUAUUUAGUCAAACUAACCAUUUGAAUGAUUUCUGAACGCACAUUUUCAAAUGUGAAAUCGGGGUAAUUGUGCAUUAAAUCUUGAAUGUCAGCAUUAUUUCUUGAACACAAUUAACCCUGUUGGCUCCUGGAGACUUUAAAAUACCCAUGCAGCAGCACAGUUGUGAUUACAUCAAAUGGGAAAUUAGUUUCAAUACAGGGAGUCAUUUUAUGUUUUAGUAUUUUUGCAUAUUCCCGGAAAUGAAUAGACCAGAAUAGGACUUUUUUUUCUAUUUGACUAAUCUAAUAUUCAAAUUUGUUUCCACUUCCUGUGAUUACAUAUUAUAAAUCCACAUUAUCCAUCAUAUAAAUCUGCAAUUAAUCCUCAGACAGCACCAUACAUGAAUAAUAAUAACUCCUAGUGUUAGAAAUACUCCAUGACUCCAUGAAUCUUCGCAGUAGUUUUUAAAUUUUGGUAAAGCUGCAAAACUGCAAGUAUCAGGAUGACAAAGAACUCAUUAGAACUUAACCUUAAACAUAACAGGAAACCUUGAGUGUAUUUAAAACAUCUGGCAUUAAUGCUUGGAGCGUGAUAAUAACGUACUGCACUUAAUGCAUAAAGAAUAAAAACAUAACCCAUCCACACUGACAUCAUCUCAAUAAUUAGAAUUACAUAGCGAAAUAAAUCACAACCUUCACAGCAGUUGCUGUCAAGAACUUUUUACAGUGUUAUCAUGGCUUUGCAGCUUUACCAGAAAAUCUUGAAGAACAGGCUUCUGUUUUGUUGUUGUAUUUAUUAGACUGUGGUGCAUUUGUUUUAGCUUUAUACUGUUAAGAAUAAUGUUAGUGCAUGUGUUUCUUCAAUCCUCAGAAUAAGUAGAGCACAAGGUACUGAAUUUACUCUCAGGGCUCAAAGAAUAGUGUCAAGUGACAUAACUCUCCAUAACUGCCUUUGGGAGCUCAGAAGAGUGCUUAGCCUGUGGUGUAAAUAAAGUUACAUUUGUAACAGCACAUUAAAAGAAGAAGCUAUCCAACUGACGGUACGUGAUGCCUUUUUAGAGAGAUUUUAAUGUGUGUAUAAUUUGUUGGAUGAAUGGAUGUUCCUUGUUUUAUUGCAUCUUUUAUAUAUACUUGCUUUGUUAUCUCAAUCAUCUUAAAAAGAUUUAUGAAGUUUAUUUUGGAAAUAUGUUCUGUUUUCAUGAUGCUGCGCUGCAGCACUGGAAUAUUGUUUUGUGGUUAUAUUUGUGACCAUUAAAGUAUAUUAACUUGAAA